AAACAACUUUAUUUAUGUACUUAUUUUGUUUUGAUGUAGGAUUUUCCACUUUCCAGCUCUACUUGCUUUCUCUUUCCUCUCAUCUUCACUUCUUGGAGAUUCAGGUUGAGGAAAACCAAACAGAUUGAUUCAUUUUCAAGAUGAGUCUAUUGGGUAUUCUCAAUUUUGCACUCAAAUCCCUUGAUGUCCUUACAUUAUGGUCUUUCUUUGCUUUGGGGUAUCCUCUUUAUGCUUCCAUCCGGGCAAUUGAGAACAAUUCAAGUUCGGACACUCAAAAGUUGGUCACAUAUUGGAUUGCCUUCUCUUUGAUUUCACUCUUUGAGAAUGCUUUCUUGAUGCUUCUGGAAAGGUUAUGGUUUUGGCCUCACAUGAAGCUAAUGAUCAUCUGCUGGUUGGUUGUACCUCACUUCAAUGGUGCUUUUUAUGUCUAUAAUCACCUUGUUCGUCCAUGCCUCUCCAUAAACCCAUUAGUAGUCAUUGAUGAAUUCAAUAGGUGGAAGGUAUUCUUACUUAAGAGAGACCACUUUCUAUCUGAGGCAGAGAGAUACAUAAAUGAGAACGGACCUGAAGCUCUAGAGGAGCUCAUUGCCACCAAGAUUAAAAGUAAAAAGCCUAAUCAAGACAUGGACAAGAUCAAAGCAAUUGCAGUUAUGGAGAAGAAAGAAGUGGAGUCAAAUUGCAAAGAGCCUAACACUGAGCAGAAAGACAAUAGAGUUGUGGAAGUAACAGAGAAAAAGGAAGUGCCUGCAGCCAAAUGUGUAGUUUCAGCAGAGCCUAACUCUGAUCAAACUGAGAACAAAAUAUCAGCCAGUAAGGAGAUUAAAGGACCAGCAGAGGCAGUUGCAGCGGCUAGAGAGCUUCCUGAUUCACCCAUACCGAAGGAAGUCCAAAAGGAGUGGACUUGUGAUAUAUGUCAACUAACUACUCAAAGUGAGAAAAACUUAAAUUCACACCUUCAAGGAAAGAAACACAAGGCUGCUUAUGAGGCAUUCAUAGCAAAGAACCAGCCAAAUAUGGUCCCAGCAUCAACUGCAAAGAAAACCGAGCAGCCAGUUGAGGUGCCAGAAAAGAUUAUAUCGACCAGUGGAGUACAGAUAUCUACUACAAAUCAUGAAGAAAAACAGAAAUGCCAGCCAAAGAGUGUUUUGGCUUCAACUGCAAAGAAAUCUGAUCAGCUCACAAAAGAGGAGCCAGAAAGAGUUUCAAACAGUGGACCAGAACAGAAGAAAGAAGUUGUUAGUGUGAAAGAAUCCACUUUCAGGUGCAACAUUUGUAAUAUAAGCUGCACUGGAGAAAACAACUUGGUUUCUCACUUUAAUGGGAGGAAGCACUUGGCUCAGAUUCAGUUACUCAGUGAACAAUUUUUUGGUGGUGGACAUGUCUGAACAAUUUUUGUUGUUCAUUUCACCGACACAGAAACCAUUGUGCUUGUUAUGAACUUGAAGAUGUUAGCUUAAAAUGAGUGUGUUUGAUUUACUCUUAAACUUUAGCUGAUUGCAUUCACUGAAGUUGAAAUGUAGAACCCAACACCAAUACUGGAUUGUGAAAUUCAAUGCAAUAGAAUUUUCUUGUGAUUUAUCUACAA